AGAUUCGAUUCAGUUUUAUUUAUAUAGCGCUUUUCACAAUUGUUCAUUGUUCCAAAGCAGCUUUACAUGAAAUAGAAACAAAGAAAAGCAAAAACAACAGAAGCAGGGUCGUUUUUAAAUAUAGUUUAGAAUGGAGUACACAAAGUUACGUGAUAAUAAUCAUAGUGCUUGUGUAGGAGCCGCCUGUUUCCUUUUUUAGAGGUUGUUGCAAUAUUUAGUUUGGAGAGAGUGAAAGGGGACAAAUGUAGAAAUAAAUAUUAUUCCCUCUUAGGCCCUCUUGACCAAGUGACGUUCCAAGUGUGCCGAUGUUUUAAACAGAAUUGGGCAGUUUAACAGUUUCUGUCACUCCUGUUGUCUGCUAUUACAAUCUUUGGUGAAAGUGGAGGUGGGUGAGAAAUACUGGAAGCAACAGUAUUGCAUGCAGGCAUGCAGCAUCCCGAUGAUGGAGAGAAAGAGAACACCAGUCGGUAUGUGCUGAUUAUGGGAAUUCAACACUGUAAAAUGUUUACUUUGGAAGCAGAAAAUGAAGAAAAUGUUGAUUGCAUGGCUAAUGGGAACAGGAAGGAAGAAGAAAUUAAAUUGCCUCUGCUGAAAACAUUAACCUUAAACCUGUUUGCUUGAACCGCCUGUGGACUUCCCGUCGUAAUGUGACAGCUUGUUAUGUGCGCGAGUUCUCUCUCUCUCUCUCUCUCCUCACCCCUCGCAGGCACGCGGUCUGUCAGUGGAGAAGAGGGCUUCAAAAUCCAGCUGUAUAGCUCAAAGUGACCGCCACCCUGGGCUGACACACGACAAAGGGCUGUUUUCUGCGUACUGGAAUUGUUGGAUUUACCAUACAAGGAUUUCUUGCAGGACAAUGUUGUUGAAAACCACGAGCGAGUAAACUCUGAGGUGGAACCAUGUGUUGGACUUAAUUAUAAAUGCUAAACCACUCGGCGCUUCGAGCAACACCGUCUGUGCAAUUACUUCAAGAGAUGACCACUGUGUCAAUAGAGCCUAUAGUGGCGAUGGUGGAGAAGGCUUCCAAUGUUACCGAGAUCCCAGUUGAAGCGUCUACCGAAAAUAUGGCUGCAACCUUCACCAUCGGCACCAUCCUGUCGUUGAUGUGUCUGGUGGGCGUUUCUGGGAACAUCUACACGCUAGUGGUCAUGUGCCACUCGAUGCGCUCGGCUGCCUCCAUGUACAUCUACAUCAUCAACCUGGCACUAGCAGAUCUCCUUUACUUACUCACUAUUCCAUUUGUGGUGUGUACGCAUUUCCUAAAAGGAUGGUACUUUGGCGAUGUUGGGUGUCGAAUUCUUAUUAGUAUGGACUUUCUCACCAUGCAUGCCAGCAUUUUCACGCUUACAGUUAUGAGUACAGAACGUUACUUUGCCGUACUCAAACCUUUGGAUACAGUGAAACGCUCCAAAAGCUAUCGAAAGGCGAUUGCGCUGCUGGUAUGGACGGCUUCUUUGAUUCUCACCCUACCCAUGAUUAUUGGUGUCCAGCUAAUGACACAGAGCACCAAGCCCAUGUGUCAACCCACACUGAGUCCACUGUCUUAUAAAAUCUACAUUUCGUUUCUCUUUGGCACCAGCAUCGUGGCUCCAGGGGUGAUAAUCGGUUACCUGUACAUACGCCUGGCAAGGACCUACUGGAUCUCCCAGACGGAGACGUUCAAGCAGACCAAAAAGCUCCCAAACCAGAAGGUUCUGUAUAUGAUAUUCACUAUCGUGCUCCUCUUCUGGGCCUGCUUCCUGCCUUUUUGGAUCUGGCAGCUUCUAGGUCAGUUCCAGCCCGAGCUGACUCUCUCAACUAAGGCCAAACGCAACAUUAACUAUCUGACCACCUGUCUGACCUAUAGCAACAGUUGUAUCAAUCCGUUCCUCUACACCCUGCUCACUAAGAACUACAAGGAGUAUCUCAAAAAGAGACAGAGGACUUGGACGGCCGGCAGUUACCUUAACCGCAGAAACCGCUUUCAGCGGUCACCCCGUCGUUCCCUGUCCGCCAGCAGUCAGCAGUGCACAGAAAGCUUUGUGCUCGCGCAAACGUCCUGCACCAAUAACAGCAGCCUUUGAGGAGAAGAAGACAGCCGGAGUCAAAACAACAGCAAUGCGGGUUAAGAUUGCCGGUACCUCCCUGAGCAAAAGAAGAAAGAACAGAGAAGAUGGAGCAGAACAGGCAAGAGGAGCAGGUCACUACAGGAAAGUUUUCAUCUAGAAGAAGAGGCUCCGUUAAAUGACCAAUGUGGACCUGGAGAUGCCAAAACCUGUUGUUUAGAUACAAUCUGAUAUCAUUUCUAUUGUAAGAGGAAAAACCAACUCUCGGUUCAUCAGUUCUUUGAGCUAUCAUCACUGUGAACAUCUUAAAAUAAGAUCUUUUUUGAAACGUAACAACUUUUAUCUCCCCUUUCUCCUGAUGGAAGUCAAUUCCUUCAAAUAUUGUAACUGCAAUAGUCGCCAAUUGAUAUCUUGCAAAAGAUCACAUCAAACAGAUCAAACAAAUCUUUCACUUACAUACUAAUAAAAACUCAAGCUCUAUUUGAUCUUUUGGGCUAUUUCAACAGCUAUGCUAUUUUAUUCGAAUUAUCAUUGACGAAUUUCAUGGUAGUCUAUCAAGCUACGGAAAGCCCAUAAUACUGUGCGAAUGCAUCCAGAGUACUUUUGUACUUUUGGGAGCACUGUACUCCAUUUCCCGGGGCUAUCAAAUGCAUUCUGUCUGAUCACUGAGGAUUCUGUCUUCAUCCUGUUUUCCUGACUUAAGGAACCUCAGGUUGGCAAGACUGAAGGCUUUUUGUUGACCUUUUGUUGAUCUGGGUUCUCAAAACCGCAAUGCAGAGGAUGAGUUAUGAUUGCAGGUUGGUCAUUUAUACAUUUUGUACUGACAAGCAUGUAGCCAUUUAGAUGGAAGGUCAGCACACAUAUGACGACUACAGGAUGCACAUUGUGCACAAUAGGAGCACACAUAGUGAGAAUAACCAACUUGGCAACUGUAAAACUUGUUUUGUCCUGAGUUGCAAGGAAUAUGUCAUUUAUAUUUAAUGCACAAUGGCGAUAUGACACUCAUUGAAGUUUGUGUUUGUUGCACAUGAGAGGGAUUAGUUUUUGUACAGAGAGCUUAAAAAUACUUGAUGUUUGUGUUGUUACUUAAUGAAUGAAAAGAAGAGUGUUCUUAAAAAAAAAGAUUACUUGUAAAUAUUACAUUUAUGUUAUUUAAUUUCUUGCCUACACCUUUGUUUACAAAAAGCUAAGAGUACACAAACAUAUAUUCUAUGAAAUAUAAAUAUUAAAGGUUUUUAUUGCACCUAAUGCAACAGAAAAUGGAGACCAUUGCUAUCUGGGAGAGAGAGAGAGGGAGAGAGAGAGAAUUUAGUUACAUGGCUGAAUUUAAUACCUCAAGCGAGAAUUACUGGGCUCUGAAUGACUAAAACAGUAAACUUUAUGCUGUGUAAGUUAAUUUAUUUCUAAUGAAAACCUUCCCAUGGACAUGCCUUCGAAAAAGGAUUUAGUGAGCAAAUCAUUUAUGCAAUAGAGUAAGGCCAGAGGGAGACAAAAUGCAAUGAAAAAUGCAAAAUAUAUAAUACUUUUAAGAUAUACGAAUAGGGAUUUUCUGCUUUGUUUGUUUUUGUAUUGUGAUGCAGUAGUGAUGUAGUUUUUUCCUUGUUUAAAGUAUAUGUACAAAUUCUCACUGUAACAUAUUUGAAAGACCCAUAAGUGGGCAUUGCUGAAAAAUAUAUCAUAAAUGCACUCAAUAAACAUGUUUGCUAAAAGUUUGUUCAGAAUUACUGUUUUACAUUAAAAACAAACACAACAGCCGUUUAUUGAAAG